GCUGUGACUCGUUCAACUAAGGUAUCGUGAUAAUCGUGCGUUUUUACCAAAAUGUAUUCGAAACCAUUCCGUGGCUUGAAUCAUCGCGAUGGAAUUUUAUUAUCUUAGUUAUGCGUUGUAAACCUCUAUUUUGCUUCUAGAUAUUUAUAUGGCCCUUGGGACCUGGAAUUUCCGCACACCUGCUAUUCCCUGACCCGCAAUGAAGAAUUUGCCAAAAACCCGGCACUCUACGAAGAAUUACUCCCUCGACCGACCUCUUCUUCGAACUUUCCACUUGCCCAGCGGAAGCGGUGGCCAUCGCGUGUGGAAGCUAGGAUGGCACCGGGGACAUAGUCUACCAUUCACUCGAAGAAUUUGUUCUGCACAGCACGCGUUUCUACAACUACAAAACCUGCUGAUUAUGCGUUCUGAUUUACUCUAAUCAACGGGUCUGUUCUCACUGUGUACGUAGAGGCAAACAUUCUUUACUAAUAAGCUUUUCGUAAAUAUUUAACUGAUUGGUGCAACUUUUUCCGUAUUAAAGUGUAUAGGGAGGACUGGAAGUAGAAACGAAAGAAGAUUCAAGUGAGUACGAAACUUGCACAGAGAGGAUGUACCAUCAUUAUUAUUCUGGGCAAAAAAACGAGCUACAAAUGCUCUGUGAUAAAACGUAUUUUCGACCUUCCGUUUUUAUAUUUUCGCACGUUAAUCUUCCAUUUUUCAGAUACCACCGGUACUAAUUUAUAAAAUACAUGUGUUUUCAUGGGGACGUUGAUGGGGAUCAGAACGCGGCGCGGCGGGCAAAUUUUUGAAUCUAGCGGUUCAUCAGCAAUCGAUUACGAGCAAAUCGACUAUUUGUACGAACAAGCUUUCUCAUAACGUGCUCAUAACAUUUCUCUUCUCACAAUCAAACGUGUUUUAAAUUUGUCCCAGUCCAUGAUCCUGCCGAUGCUGCGUGGUGUCUCAAUCUGUCAUUUGAGCCAGGAAGCCUGUCGAGGCUUGCGUUUUUAUUAUAAACAGAGUUAUAGAACCAUAAAAAAUCAGAAUUGAACCCGCAACGUAAUUUUGAUCAACUGCAAAUAUGGCCGAUAAACGUGAAACACCACCAUAUGGACGUGGUGGUCCAAUGGGCAGGGGUGAGUCGCUCCUGGCUAUGCUCAAAAAGCAAAAUGAACAAUCAGCAGGACCGAGUAAUGUUCCGACACAAAGUGCGGCAUCUUCCCCACCUGCACCGCCUGCUGCACUUACUCCAGCCCUAAAUUUAGGCCGUGGUCGAGCUUCGCUAUUGGGCUUGAUCAAACAAUCGUCAGAGAAAGUCACUUCGAGUCCUGCUAACGUACCUGGUCAACCUACACAAGCCCUUGGUAGAGCCUCGCUACUGGACUUGUUGAAAAAAACUCCGUCUUCCACAUCACAUCCAGGACCCUCUGGUGAUGCAGUAGAGGUAGCAAGUAGUACUUUGUCUAAUUUGAAGGUCACCGAAUCAGUAACCAUCUCUGAGCCUAUUUCACGUCAGGGUGCAUCUGGAAACCACUGCAUAGAUGUUCAAGUGCAGGCAAAUUACAUUCGUCUGAAGGUUGAUCCAGGUAGAGGAGUGUUUGAAUAUGCGGUCAAAUAUAUGCCUGAUCUUGACUCGCGUCCUUUACGGUUCAGGCUACUAAAUCAACACGCAAAUGCUCUUGGUACCAAAAUAUUUGAUGGUACAACUCUUUCUUUAUCACGCCCAUUAGACCAACCGAGGACAGAAUUGCAAUCGGAACAUCCAUUAGACGGCACCGUUGUCAAAUUAUCAAUCAUUUACAAAAAGCAACGACGUCUUGGAGAAGUUCCUGGAUUGUACAACGUUCUAUUCCGUCGUGUGAUGCACGCCUUGGAUUUGGUUAAAAUUGGAAGACAACAUUUCAGCUCAAAAGCUGCUCUUUUAAUCCCGCAGCACCGACUGGAAUUAUGGCCCGGUUAUGUCACUGCCAUUGAUGAGUACGAAGGUGGCCUACAACUGUGCCUCCACAGCACUCACAGGGUGCUCCGUACAGACACAGUGCGCGAUUACAUAAAUGAUUUCUAUAAGAAAGAUGGAGCUCAUUUCAAAGACAAUGUAUUGAAGGAACUGAUAGGCAUGUCGGUUUUAACGCGAUAUAACAACAAGGUGUACCGCAUUGAUGAUAUCGCAUGGAAUGAUACUCCCCUUAAACAGUUUUCAAUGAAACAAGACCCCAACAAAAAAAUAACUCUUGUCGAGUAUUAUAAAAGCCACUGGAACAUUGCUAUUAAAGAUGUUGCGCAACCGCUCCUCGUGCAUACAGCAAAAGUGCGACUUCCUUCAGGAGAACAAAUUGAACAAACAAUAAAUCUAAUCCCCGAACUUUGCUACAUGUCCGGUCUAACUGAGCCAAUGAAACGAGAUUUCAAAAUUAUGAAAGAUAUUGCACAAGUAACUAGAACAACACCUGAACAUCGUGUCGGUGUUGCUCGCCGUUUCAUAGAAGAAGUGAAAAAAAACGAAGUUGCCCAGAACUUAUUAGCCAGUUGGGGAUUGAAUUUAGAGGAUGAUGUGGUUACUAUACCAGGUAGGGUACUUAACCCAGAAACUAUUCUCUUCGGAAAGGGCAAAGUUCAUGAAGGGCAGCAGAAUGCCGAUUGGAACACUGCUGUCUGUCGUCUACCGAUGCUGACUACCCCUGGCUUAAAAAAUUGGUGUCUAUUAUUUUGCCGAAGAGAUGUUAAAUGUGCCGAGGAUUUCCAUACCACAAUUUCAAGGGUCGGCCCAACAAUGGGAAUGGAUAUUGCACGAGCUAAACUUAUCGAACUGAAAGACGAUCGCACUGAAACGUAUUUAAACGAAUUGAAAGCGAAUAUCAACCCUCGAAUGGAAAUAAUGGUCAUAAUAUUCCCAACAAGUCGCGAUGAUCGCUAUGCAGCUGUCAAGAAGCUCUGCUGCGUCGAGAUGCCUAUUGCAUCACAAGUGAUUAUUGCGAAAACGAUAAAUCGACCAGACAGGAUCAAAAGUGUGACCCAAAAAAUUGCUUUGCAAAUAAACUGUAAACUCGGUGGUACGUUGUGGGCUCUGAAGAAUCCAAUGGAUAAUCUCAUGGUUUGUGGUAUCGAUACACACCAUCCAGGCACUGAUCGUAACAGCCACGGGAGUGUUGCUGCUUUUGUUGCCAGUCUUGAUAAACCGUUUACCCGAUGGUUCAGUAAAGUCUGUCUGCAACGGCCGAAUCAAGAGCUGCUGGACUCUUUGAAAGUAUGCCUUAUCACCGCAUUGAAAGCUUAUUUCAAGGUUAACAGUCGUUUUCCCGAUCGGAUCAUAAUAUAUCGGGAUGGGGUUGGCGACGGACAACUUGUCACCAUAAGAGAUUACGAAGUAAAACAGUUAGAAGAUUCAUUUUCUCUUAUUUCUGCAGAUUACAAGCCUCGACUCUGCGUCGUCAUAGUUCAAAAACAGAUAAACACCAGAAUAUUUGGGAAAAUGAGAAAUCGUCUAGAAAACCCUCUUCCAGGGACCAUAGUAGACCAUUCGAUAACUCGGCGUACCUGGUACGACUUUUUCUUAGUAAGUCAAAACGUCCGUCAAGGUACUGUCUCGCCUACUCACUACCUGGUUAUUUACGAUACAACUGAAAUCAAGACUGAUCAUUUGCAACGUAUGACUUUCAAACUAUGCCACUUGUACUAUAACUGGCCCGGUACUGUAAGAGUACCUGCUCCGUGUCAGUACGCACACAAGCUAGCUUUUUUGGUAGGUCAAAGUAUCCAAAGGGAGCCCAAUCAACAGUUAGCAGAUAAACUUUACUUCCUAUAGAGCAGAUAUGUUCCAUCAAAAGCUCUCUUGUCAAUAUCGUCCCUAGUUUAUGCAGAUUUUCUUUUCACGACUAAUAGAAUUUCAUAAUCGGCUACAUUCUUAAGUUUUCUCCCACAUCAUUUUAAAUUAGAAUGCACAACAGACCAAGUAUCAAUACCUAAUGUGGGCUUUAACUUGUUUGACCUCCACACAGUCCUACAAAAAGGUCUUUUUCUUAUGUGGAUAAAUGAAGUAUAUGUGCCUUGUGUUAAUUUUAUUGUAUAGAAAAGGGAUUUGGGUGUGAUAAUUAGUUCAAUGACAAGUGCCCAUUACGUAUUAUUACAUGCUAUAAAACUUAUCAUGGUUAGUUAUUCCUGACAUAUCAAUGACGUUUUCUAAUUCUAUGGCACUCGUUGAUUUUUUUUUCUUAUCAAUAGUACAAAUGUAUUGAAUUCUUACUCGCUAAAAUAUAGGUAGUUAUUUUUAAAAUGGACACAAAGAUCUGAGAUGUAAUGGAGCAAUCUCAACGUACAUCCGUGUACUAAAUGAAAAAGAGACAUUGAGUACCAUCGAGAGAUAAAACUAAGCACAACCAAAGAUAUAAGUUGUAAAUGGUUCUGUUAAUUACUUCAAUAUUUUGUUGAAUUGGUUUUUUUUGUUGGAGUAAGAUUCUUCGGACUUAGGAAAUAAGACUGAUCAUUCUACCCAGAUUUUUGGGGUGGAAUAUUGACAUUAUUUGUUAAAACUAUAUUGAUAAUUCGUAACUUUGAAACGGUAAAGCGACGAAUUAUCGUUGUAUUCUAGUUAAUAAGAGGAAUCUUCGUUCCAAAAAAAUAGACGUUAUUGUCGAUUAACAAAUAUAUGUUUUUGAUUAUCAAUUCGACUGAACGGUUGCUCUUAAUUUCUAUAUGUUUGUAUAUUUACUUCCCGCUUGAAUUGAAUUGUUGAAAGAAAAACAAGCAGAUGAAUGAAUGGCAACCAUCAUCUCUGUCAGCCAAUAAAAUCGGCCAACUCAGAUGCUGAACAUCUUUAAUGCCUCGGGUCCAUGUGGCGUAUCGCGUAUCGAGUCGCGCCGCCGCUGCCGUAGCUUUGAGCGAGUAGCGCCUGCGUACAGCUUGUUUACAACUGCGGAGCUUACCAUACACAUGACCUUUCCAAGAUGGAUACGAACGCCUAUUUUAUUGCUUAGCGUGUAAUUAAAAAGUCUGUGUGUAUUGCGAUAGAGACGGGUUGUGGUACCCGUCCGAAUAGUGUGAUACAGUGGUAAAUCCCUUAGUAUAGUGAAUAAGGAGAGAGCACAAGAGGGGAUCCCUCAAUUCGCUCCAAAUAAGGGAUUUCCUUUACUGGGCCCACAUUUUUACCGCGGCAGAUGUGACCACUGUAUGCAUAUUUAUUGAAUAUACCUCGCAGUGUUUUCAUCGCGUGUGACUCGUACCUGUGUUGAACCCUGUUACAUCCGAAUACCGUGUUUUCAACAAUCAUAGA